AUGCAUCGCAAGGAAAUCGGUGGUCCUGGUGGCUGCGUCGUCAGCAACGAAUCACACACCCCUCGUGGCGAAAUUGGCGGUCCCGGCGGCUGCGUCGUCUCAAACUCCCCUCGAGGCGAAAUCGGUGGACCCGGUGGCUGCGUCGUCAGCAACGAGGCACACACCCCUCGUGGUGAAAUAGGAGGGCCAGGUGGCUGCAUUGUCAGCCAAGGCAUGUCCAGCUGCCUUUACUAA